AUGGAUUAUACAUAUCGACAAAAAACGAAAUACAUUGCAGCUGCCCCAGCGUAUUUGGCUGUUAUUUUCUCGGAACUUGGUUCCAGUGGUCCCGAUUCAGGUUCCGUCCUAUUUUGGAGAACGCGGAACAAGCGAUUCCGAACAGUGGCCAGGUCCAAAUUCAAAAGAGAUGCCAUCGACUAUGAAAGGGCAAGCUUCAUACUGAUAGAGAACCACCUCGUCCGGCCGGAAUUUCAACUGGACGGACUCCUUGGCCUCAACCUCCCCGACGAGUGCGGAAGCGGCUACCGAGAACAGCACCGUACCGGCAGCGGCAAUCCUUUUGCCGGACAACAACCAAUAAGAUCUGGCGCCUCUGUUGGAAGCGGCGGUGCCGAAAGCAGCCGCCUGGAAGAUGCGGCCGCGGCCGCGGCCUACGGGAUUUGCGGUGAGAGCGGCGGCCACGCCCUCCACGGCGCGGCGUACGGCGGCGAGACAGCUGACUCUCCUCAUUAUAGAGCGAUCCCUAAAAGAGAGAAGUAUGGAACUUGUGAAUCUGGGGAGCUCAAAUGUUACCGAGUCGACAGUCGAGUUGUGGGUACGAUGGCGGUAAUCUGGGCCGUUGAUUUGCGAUCUCAGUGUGAAUAUGAUAUCGGAUUCGGAGCUGAUUGGAACCAAUUCAUCAUUUUCGGUUUGAAAAGAAAGGAGGAGCACUAA